AUCACUGUUUAAUAUAGUGUGAAUCAAAAUGAAUAUAAUAAUAUUUGGACUCCUUCUCUCAGUCGUCGUUGUGUAUGGCAGUGAGGAAAGCUGUCAGGAAUCGAGGCAACUUGAGUCAAUCUGUGGAAAUUAUUGCUUUAGAGCCAUGAAGCCUAUGUUAGAUUAUACGAAGGCCUUAGAGCGACAAAUGACUGAUUUUGCUCAUGAAAAACCAUUUUUGUUGGAGCUGGAAAACACGAAGAAAAUAUUAGAGGCAAAAUUCGAUUUGCAGGAUAAUACGAUCCAACAGAAAUUUAGAGACUUGAGCACUGCAAGUGAUCAAAUUAUGCAACAAAUCAAAUCACAGGGUAAACAAGUCGAGCAACAGUUGGAACAUCUUAAAAAAGCGGAGGAAGUUAAGAAGCCAAUACCUGGGCCACCUUAUCAGCAGAUUGGAUCAAAGUAUUAUUAUAUUGAAAAAUCUGAAGAACUCAAUUGGUUUGGGGCAGUCAACAAAUGUCUGGCAAUGGAUGGACAUUUAAUUAGUAUCGAAAAUCUGGAUGAAUUCAAUGCAAUCAAGGAGAAAUUGCAGACUAACAAAAGUUAUUGGAUUGGCAUUAGCGAUUUAGCUAAAACGGGUGAAUUUACUUCGAUUUCUACAGGUCGCAACGCAAACUAUUUUAAGUGGGCGCCAAAUGAACCAAACAAUGUCGAUGGUAAUGAACAUUGCGGUGAAUUGUAUUUUGCGGUUGAGCACCAAAUGAAUGAUGACACAUGUUCAAAAGAAAAAUUGUUUAUCUGCGAAUCUAGAAAUUAAUAUUAAUAAAUAUAUUAUUAUUCUGCUACACAUCUGUAUAAUUGAGUGGGUCAUUUAAAAAUUAAUUGAUUAUAU